UCUUCGUCAAACGUAACGUAGCACUUUUUAUUGUAUGUAAAUAAAAACUUAACGCUUAAUAAAAAAUUAAAGAAGAAAUGUCGUCAAUUGUACAGAAGUGUAACGACGAUAACAUUCCAUUAGCUGAUGAUGAUCCGCAAGUGAUUAUAACAGACGACAUAGAGAACAAUCAUUUAGAUCAUGGUCGUUCAAUGGACUCGUUGCCUAGUUCGUACACUGGUGGUUCUUCUAGCCCUGGCCUAAAUGGUCCGCAGAGUUUCGAACCCGACUCAGGGCUAGAUGAGCAGGAAGAGAAGGCCCGGUUGAUAUCGCAGGUGUUGGAGCUACAAAACACUUUAGAUGAUCUGUCACAGAGAGUGGACUCAGUGAAGGAAGAGAAUCUGAAACUGCGAUCAGAAAAUCAAGUGUUGGGGCAGUAUAUUGAAAAUCUCAUGUCAGCAUCAUCAGUUUUCCAAUCCACCACCCCUAAUAUUCACAAGAAGUAAAUCAUGGAGCUUAAAAUCUAUGUGCACUUAAAAAAAGUGCCAACUUAUUAUUGGUGGCACAUUAAAAUAUAGCACCAAUAAAAUUUUUAUAAAUAGUUUAAAUUAAGAAAAAAAAACAGAUGCAUACAAAAUUUGUAUGGCUUGCAUUAUCUUCUUAUGGAAACAUAAGAAAACCAUGUUGGCUAAUAGAUUGAAAAUAUUAUAUGUUUCUUAUCUUGUCACAAAUUUUGUGCUUUGAAUGUUGUAAUAUUUAACACUUGCUUUUCUAGAAAUAUCAAGUAAUCUGGUGGGAAAAGAUUAACAUUAACACAGGUUACUAGGUAUACACUUAUUUAAAAAAACUUCAUGUUGAUAUAUAUUAGGUAAGCUAACAAAAUUCUUGUGGUAUUCAAAUUAUGAAUUAGGACGAAAAACUCACAUCUACUAUAGGAUCUACUUUUAAGCUUACAGCAUGCAUUAAAUGUGUUGUAAAUUAGAGUUAUGAUAAACAUUUUUAAUGCAAGGUUUAACAUGGAUUUGAUAUAAAGGCUAAAUGAUGCUAUGUUGUAGUGUUCUCAAAAAUGAACUCAAUGGAUCAAUUAUGUUUUACAUAUGAUUUGUGUAUUUUACGGUAAAAAAAAUCAUUAAAUUAUAGCUGUCUAUUUAAUUUGUUUAAUAAAUAAACCAGUAUUUAAAUGCAACUAACAUUAUGCAUUUACAAAUUUCAUAUUUAUAUUAUCCACAUUUUUUUUAAUUGAGUUGUAAGGACAUAUUUGUAUUUAAUUGUUAUGCUUAUAAAGUUAUAAACAUCA